AGUUUGGAGCUGCAGUCGUGGUGAUGAGGCACCGUCGCAGAGUGGCGGCUCAUCCGGAACAUGUUCCAUUUGAAACCGUGGUCUGCAGGCGCUACUUGAUAAACGGCGAUCCACGGUUUUUGCUUCAUUACCUCCAAGAGGAUGAGGAUAACGCAUUUGAAGAGGAGCCAGCACCGGCCAUCCCAAUUCAACCGGUGGUGCAACUCCUCCUAUAGCCAGGUUGGUUUCUGCUUGAAAAUUCUCUUUAAAAAAAAAUUGUAAUAAUGAAUUACCUUUGUGUGAUAUUUUCAAUAAUAUUUGUAACAAAAAGUAGCUGGAUAUUGUUCUUCACUUUUCAUGUUUGAGAUCCUUCUUGAUUAUUUUUUGUUUCUCUGAGGUUUGUGGAAAAUUUAAAUCGAAGGUUGCGAGAGGUCAUCCAAUGGUCACACCAUUGGGACAACUAUUUGAAAUUAAAAUAUAAGUUUAUUCUUAGUCAACAUGAUUUAUUUUUACU